GAGAAGAGAAAAGAGGGGCGUGGCUGAGCUAUGCAGCUAGCUAGCGAGCUAGCUCACAGUGCAGUACAACAAGAGAGAUGGGUGUCUGCUGGAAAUGUGCAGCCGCUGUUCCACUGUUGAUAGCUCUGGUCAUGUUUCUAGCGCCCCUUAUCCAGAGGGAGCUGGAGACAGCCAAUGGCUACACUGCCCCAGAAGACUCUACAAAACUACCAGAGGAGGUGAUGGACCAGUUCAGAAUGUAUGACACGGAUGGUGAUGGACGUUUAGAUCCUGAGGAGUUCUUUGAUCUCAUUACACAAUUGCCUCUGUGUGCUGAAUCUGAGCAACAGUGGACGGCAUUCCAGUUUGAGGACCACCACUUGGGGCCUGGGUUGCAGUUACUUGCUAUCCAGGCAGAGCUGUCCCCCCUCAAUAUUACCACCAUGUCAACGUUUGGGAGUGAAGUGAGUGCACACCACAAAGGUGAUGUGUGUGUGUGUGUUGGGAGUGAAGUGAGUGCACACCACAAAGGUGAUGUGUGUGUGUGUGUUGGGAGUGAAAGUGUGGACCCCAGGGACAAGAGAAUGCCAGGACUCUUCCAAUGGAAGGAGCCAGCGGUGCAGUUUAUGGAGUAUGGUACUGGCAACUUUGCUGUGUUUUAUCCCCCACAAUUUGAUUGGCCUCUGGGACAAGUAUACAACAUUAUUAAGGAUGAGGAUGGUUUUCGAGCUGGAGUGUACAUGCAUUCCUACCAUCCACCACAGCCACUGGACAACGAGCAGUUCUUGUAUGCUCUCUUGAGUCAGCUACACACUAACACCUUCGUGUACACGCGCUUUGGUCCUCGUGGCACUAAUGCAGUUGUCCGCGCACGUAACGGACCUCUACUGGAUAUUGUACUAAGAUCCCAUGUUGAGUUCCAGUUGAAUGAAUUGCCCUACUACCCAUUCUGGUUCACACCGGCCCAACUUGCUGGCAGGCUAAUAGUCAACACAUCAUCUGGAGAGAUCUAUUAUUUUGAGCUCACACUUCCUGCAGACAAGCAUCUUAAUGUUGAUAUGGAGUGGUUGAUUGGGGCUGGUGGGGCCAAUGAGGUGGACAUUGGCUAUUGUCCACUCUUGAGACUUAGAUCCAUAGGACCAUCUGUAGCAUGGCAGGCUGACAAUCGACAACUAUUAGAGCAACAAGUGAACCUUAGCUCAUUUCAAUGGACAGAAGAUAUUCCACUAUCCACAGCUCAGUCCAACAUUGAUAAGUAUUUCUUCCCUUUCAAAGAAGUCCCAUACCUGCCUUUCCUCGAUGCUCUGAGCUUAGCACGGACUCAAGCUAAGUUAGUCCAUCUUAUCAUGUUAUGGGGAGCGCUGGAUGACCAGAGCUGCUGAGGUUCAGGGCGGACACUGCGAUCAGGUCCACUAGAGUGUCCGCCCGUCCUAGCUCUCCUCAACCAAAGCUUCAUCAGUUCAUGGACCCUUGUCAAAGAAGUCGAGGAGAUCAUUGCCAAUGAGAGUUUAAGUUCAGAAGAGAGAGAUUUUGGUAGAUUGGCUCUGAAUGCCUACAGUUUCCCAGUGGAGAGCUUAGUCAUUGAUCCUCAAGCUAACAGAGUGACUCAUGCAAUUAAUGCAAACGAGCUCCUGGAUGCAGAAGAAAGUGGAAUCAGUGGAAUGAUGACUGAUCCUAUCAACGGUGCCUAUCUACAGUUUCUCAAGAGAGGCAUGUUGCAGUAAAUGACUGUUAUAAUUAUAAGAACUCUAUGACCAUGAAGACAAACACAGAAACCCAUUCCUGGGUGGUGUGCGUCUGAAGUUAGUAUAGAGUUAUCUGUUUAUAUAUUGUUCAAGUCCGUUAUACAAGUCUUGUAUGUCCUUCAGAGGCAAAAUGGUUGUCUGCAGUUGAAAUAA